AAUAAAUAUAUAAAUAAUUGCCACUCCUCCUGGCACGCCUCUGGCCUCUCUUUACUACUAGAGAAGAAAAAAUAAAAACAGAAAAUAAUGGCGUUAUAGCCGUAGGAAUAAAAGAAAGGAUCAAAUCAAGAAAACCUUACUGAGUCAACUCGGUCCCCUCUUGAAUUCCCCUCGAAAACGGGAUUUCUCUCCGGUUCAGCGCUCUUUAGCACGAAUCUUUAAGUGGGUUCUUGGAAUUUUCUGUGCAUUGUGCGUAUUCGAGUUGAAUUCUUGUUUUCCGGUGAAUUCGCCGGAGCUCCGGUGAGUUGCUCCGGCAGAGUAAUGUGUGAUUGAGUGUGUUAAAAAAAACACAUAGAAAUAUGUUCAAGCCGGUGCGAUGGUGGAGCGAGAAGAACAAACUCAGAGUUGUAUUCAAGUUGCAGUUUCAUGCAUCUCAGGUGACAGACGUUACAGGGGAUGGAUUGAUAGUAUCUAUAGUCCCCGCCGAUUCGGGCAAGUCAACCGUAAAAUCGGACAAGGCGACGGUCGUUGACGGUAACUGCUACUGGGGAAACCCCGUUUACGAAACCGUUAAGUUCAAUCAAGAUCCAAAAUCGGCGAAAAUUCACGAGAGGGUGUACUCUUUCGUACUAGUAACGGCCACGUCUAAAUCUUGCAUUGUUGGCGAAGCUUCCGUCGAUUUUUCGAGUUACGCCGAGUCGACUAAGGCCUCGUCGGUGUCUCUUCCCCUCAAGAACUCGAAAACCAAAGCUACAUUGCAUGUAUCAAUCCAGAGGAUGCAUGAAUCCAUAUUGGAUCAAAGAGAGGUUAAAGAAAUGGAGAGCGUCGAAUUGUGUUCGAAAGAUAACACCAUCAUAAGCAAUUCUAUUCAAGAGAUUCCGUUUAAUAAGAAGAAUGUGAAACGCAGAGCAUCUAGUGUGUCCGAUAUUACGAUAUCAAGUUCAGACGGAAGCAGCUCCGUAAUGGAAUCGCCUUGGGAGAUAGUGCCGAUCAAGAACGACGAGGAUUCUGUGGGCCCGAAAUCCAACGGCCCUAUACGAACGCACAACGAUCAUCGCAGCUCGUGGGAGUUAUCCAGUACGGAAGAAUCUUCUUCGGAUGUUCUGAUCGUAGGGCUGAAAUCCGAUCUCGCCGCUCUGUCGAGAAAAGCGGAGACUUCGGAAUUAGAGAUGCAGAAUCUCCGUAAGCAGAUCGCGAAGGAGAGCAAAAGGGGGCAGGAUUUGUGGAGGGAGAUUGUUUCCUUGAGAGACGAAAGAGAUUAUUUGAAGGAAGAAUUAAAAUCUCGAACGAGUUUCCGAUUCGACGGAGUCGAUAUCGAUGAGCUUAGGGAAGAACUCAGUCACACGAAAGAGCUCAAUUCCAAUCUCCGUAUUCAGCUCGAGAAAACUCAAGAAUCGAAUUCCGAGCUGAUUCUUGCCGUGAGAGAUCUCGACGAAAUUGUCGAGCAGAAGAAUCGGGAAUUAAAAUCAGAUUUUUACGACGACGAUGAAGAACAGAAGGCAUUGGAGAAGCUUGUGAACGGAAAUUACGAAAAUAUCCCCAAGGAAGCGAAUCUUCUACAACGACAGGUCGUUGACCUACUCGCCGAGAUCGAGACGUACAAGAGAGAUAGAGACGAGCUCGAGGCGCAGUUGGAACAGCUGGCGCUCGAUUACGAAAUUACUAAGCAAGCCAAUCACGAGAUGUCGUUUAAGCUCGAGCAGAGCAAAAUCCAAGACCAGCUGCAAAUGGAAAACGAGUGUUCGUCUUCUUCUUCAUCUUCCGAAAAAAACGAGCUCGAUAACUACAUCGAAAAUCUCGAAAACGAACUUGAAAGACGUUCGAAAGAACUCGAAGCCCAUGUGAAGGGAUUGGAGGAAGAGCUCGAAAAACAAGCGCUAGGGUUUGAAAUGGAUAUCGAAGCUCUUACGAAGUCGAAAAUCGAGCAAGAACAGAGAGCGAUUAGAGCAGAGGAAACCCUAAAGAAGAUGAGAUGGAAAAACGCUAAUACGGCGGAGAGACUUCAAGAAGAGUUUCGAAGGCUUUCGGUGCAGAUGGGGUCCACAUUCGAAGCGAACGAGAGAUUGGCUAUGAAAGCUUUGGCCGAAGCGAACGAGCUUCGUUUGGAGAAAAUCCGUUUAGAGGAAUUGCUUCGGAAAAAAUCCGAAGAAAUUUUGGUUAUGAGGGACGAGAACGAAGCGAAUGUUGCGAAGAAUAAGAUUCUAUUGGAUGAGAUGGAAGGUAAGAAGAAGUUGGUUCGGGAGAUUGAAAGAACGAGAAUUUCGAUUAAGGAAAUGGAAUUGCAAGUGGAGCAAGGGAAUGACGAAAGGAUAGAAAUCGAGCGUAGGGUUUUAUCGGCGAGGAGAGAAGCGGAGGAUUCGUACAAGGAAUUGGAUAAAAUGAGAUUUGUUUUGGAGGAAAAGGAAUUGAUAAUCGAGAAAAUGCAAUCGGAGAUUAACGCUCUUCGAUUCGAGCGAGAUGAAUUGAAGCAUUCGUUGUCGGAGAAUGAGAAGGACAAGGAUAAUUUGAGGAAGCAAGUUUUCGAAUUGACAAGUGAUUUGAAGAAGAGGGAAAUGAUUUCGAGCAAGCCCGUUUUUCGCGGGCCUAAUAAAGAUGUCGUACCAAAUCUCAAGGAGAGAAUAAAGUUGCUUGAGCGCGAGAUCAAGUUAAAGGAAACGGCUAUUGAAACAUCGGGUAAGGCGUAUUCGGACAAGGAAAACGAGCUUCUUAGGAAAAUCGAGGAGUUGGAGAAAACAGGAGAAGUUGAUGAGUUGAAAAACGAGAUAGAAUUAAUGAAGAAGAAGAACGAAUCGAUGGAAGUGGAGUUGAAGGAAAUGGAGGAGAGAUAUUCGGACAUAAGCCUUAAGUUUGCAGAGGUUGAAGGGGAAAGACAACAACUUGUGAUGGAUUUACGCAACCUUAAAUAAUGCUAGUUACGAGCCCGUAAACGUUUUUAUAACUUUGGAAUUCGAUAAAUUCGGAGUAUUUUUCGAAAUUUAUAUAUUCUUUUAAAUUUGUUUGUUUUUCCUCAGUUUAUGAUCUCAUUGGAUGUAAUAUGUAAAAUUAUCUAAGAUGAUGUAACAAUGUAGGAGUUGUGCUUGGAUGCCUUAUUCUUUUAUUAUUUUCUUCAUUUU